AUGGCUCGCCGCGAGCCCAAUCCCGGAUUUGCGCUACUCGACACUACUCACAACAAACCGGCCAACAUGUUAGGCAUCGGCGACGACGACGAUGGCGAUUCGUGCCCCACGCACAACCUCACUUCCCGCGCCAACAAGACUUUUGUUGCCGGUCUCACAUUUCAAGAAUUCAACCGCAUCCUCGCAGGGGCCUGCACAGCGCUGGCCUGCAUCGUCAGCUUCCUUCACUUGUGGCGCCAUGCCACUCAUCUAUCGGUGCCCCGUCAGCAGGUCAAGGUCCUGAGAGUCAUUUCGCUCGUGCCCCUCUACGCCAUUGUCAACCUGCUCUGCAUCUGCUUCCCCCAGGCCCAAGUCUACCUCGACCCAAUCCUCGAGCUUCUCCAAGCACUCUGCCUGGCCUCCUACUUUAUGCUUCUCUGCGAGUACAUUUCGCCCCACGACGAAGGUCGCGAUGGCUUCUUCUCGCAGAUUGAGAUCAAGGACAAGAAGGCCGACGGUGGUGUUGUCCAGGAUGGUGUCAAGUGGUUCGCUCAACGCUGCUUCAUGAUCUUCCAGUACCCCGUCAUUGCCCUUGGCGUCGCCGUUGCCACCAUUGUCACCCAGGUCGCGGGCGUCUACUGCCAGUUUGAAAGCAAGACCAACUUUGCCAAGCUGUGGCUCAGCAUCGCCACCGCGCUCUCCUCCGGUCUGGCCAUUGCUGCCGUGCUGCUGGUCGCCGUACAGCUCAAGACGCACAUGCCUAACCUCAAGCCCAUGACCAAGCUCAUUGCCAUCAAGCUUGUCGUCGGCCUCGCCUUUCUCCAGCAGAUUCUCUUUUGGAUCCUGCAGAGCACUCACGUCCUCAAAGAGACCGACACCCUCACCUACGCCGACCUGCACUACGGCAUCCCCUCGCUCCUCAGCUGCUUGGAGAUGGUACCUAUUUCCUUUGUCGUUCUCUGGGCCUACCCCGUCGGCCCCUACAAGCUCGAGUCUCUGGUCGCCCGCGGCGCCGAGCGUGGCGAGACUCAGCACUGGGCGCCCACCUCGUACCAGGGCGGCUUCCUCGGCAUCUGGGCGUUUCUCAGUAUGCUCAACCCCGUUGAUGUCAUCAAGGCCACCUUUGCCGCUGUUGGCGUCGGUGCCCGCGACUACGCCUCGGCCAAGAUGAACCGCAGAGACAACGGGAGCAAGACCUAUGCGACUGGUCCUGGCUACCAGCAGCCCCCAAACCAAUACCGCCACGAUUACCAGGGCCAGUCUCGAGGCCAGUCCCGGGGCCCUGCUGGGCUUGCCCGCGAAGCCUUGCAUCAAUUUCGCGACGGCCACAGCAAUGGUCAGGGCCGCCAAAAUGGUCGAGCCUACGACCACGCCCGUGGCAACUCGUACAAUGAAUACCACGAGUCAUACCCCAUGAAUCAGCGACGAUAG